CCGGCAUUUUGCGUCUAUCAUUCCGUUCAACAACACCAGGCAUAUCAAUCAUAUAUUUCGUAUAUAAGCGAGCCAUAUUUAAACUUAAAAAAAACCUUUAAAAUUCCGGUGGACAUACUGGACAAACAUGUCCAAUCUGCAAGAAAUACCGCUCGCCGAACCCGAAGGUCUAGUAGUGGCCAGCUCCGAUGUGACCCCCACACCCAAGUCCAAUUCGUUGAAGCGCUUCUUCAAGAUCAGCAAGAAGCCGCUGAUGCGGGACCAAGCGGAGGAUGUGAGCGAGUCCUCCUCAACCGAGGACCCCAAGGAGCUGGGCAAGUCCAACACGAUCAGUCGCUUCUUCACCCGCAAGAAGGGAGCCAGCAAGGAUGUUCCAGAACAAACUAGCUCGAUAGCCGACCCCGAGGAGGGUGAGAAGCCACAGCCUAAUGUUAAGCCCACGAUUAAGACAUCCAUUUCGUCCUACUGGAAGAUUCUGUUCAAUCGCCAGAAGGGCCAGCGCCAAAAUGCGGACUUCGUACCAUCUAAUAGUACUGGGAACGAUCCCGAAGAAGUGCACGAGAUGCAGCCGGUGCCCCAGGAGUCUGAGCACGAAUUACAAUCGGAUGUCAAGGUAGAGCAGCCCGACAUCGAAGAAUACAGUACGGAUCCGGAGCCACCACAGCCGGAGCCCAAGAAAAAUGUGGCCAACAAGGCGUCCGGGGAGGAGAUUCUCAGUGCAUUGGAGGGCGGUCAGUUGCCCAGUGUCGAGGUCGAGGAUGAAGAAUCCGGACAGCCGGCAGCAGUUAUUGUCAAUCAAUUCAACUAGGAUAUUUCCGGAAGGCAUAUAGUAUUUCUGCCGACCUCUAGGCCAAUGCUCACUACACAGUUCACUCCAGAAACAUUUAAAGGAUUCAAGAUAUUUCCCCCGCAAUUAAACUACAACAUAUCAUUACCGCUUUAAAACCACAAAUUAUAAUUGCAAGUUUGCCUCACAAUAAACACAUGCACACUCAAAAA